GCGGGCUUAGGCUGAGCCGUGGCCGCCACAGCCCAUCGUAAUGCCGCAUGGUGCUUGGCACUCCAGAGAACCAAUAGGAACGAAAGGGUUCAUUUGAAUCGGCCAAUGCCGGCGGAUUAGGGGGAGGGAGUUGAGAACUCUAUAAAGGCGUCGAUCGCCCGGACAGGCAGCGGCAGCGGCUCCUGCGGCGGUGGCCGGCUGUUGGGUGUGGAGUUUCCCUGGGCACCUCGGGUCCGACCCUUUGAGCGUUCUGCUCCCGCGCCAGCCUACCUCGCUCCUCGGCGCCAUGACCACGACGACCACCUUCAAGGGAGUCGACCCUAACAGCAGGAAUAGCUCCCGGGUUUUGCGGCCUCCGGGUGGUGGAUCCAAUUUUUCAUUAGGUUUUGAUGAACCAACAGAACAACCUGUGAGGAAGAACAAAAUGGCCUCUAAUAUCUUUGGGACACCUGAAGAAAAUCAAGCUUCUUGGGCCAAGUCGGCAGGUGCCAAGUCUAGUGGUGGCAGGGAAGACUUGGAGUCAUCUGGACUGCAGAGAAGGAACUCCUCUGAAGCAAGUUCCGGAGACUUCUUAGAUCUGAAGGGAGAAGGUGAUAUUCAUGAAAAUGUGGACACAGACUUGCCAGGCAGCCUGGGGCAGAGUGAAGAGAAGCCGGUGCCUGCUGCGCCUGUGCCCAGCCCAGUGGCCCCGGCCCCAGUGCCAUCCAGAAGAAAUCCCCCUGGCGGCAAGUCCAGCCUCGUGUUGGGUUAGCUCUGACUGUCCUGAACGCUGUCGUUUUGUCUGUUUUCUCCAUGCUUGUGAACUGCACAACUUGAGCCUGACUGUACAUCUCUUGGAUUUGUUUCAUUAAAAAGAAGCACUUUAUGUACUGCUGUCUUUUUUUUUUUUUUUCUUUUUUUUCUUUUGAAGAACAGGUUUCUCUCUGUCCUGACUCCUGGGUCUGUGGGCCGUGGCAUGAGUGUUUUCUAGUAGUAGAUUGGAGGGAAAGCUUUGUGACACUUAGUACUGUGUUUUUAAGAACAAAUAAUUUGGUUCCAGAUGUGUUAGAGGAUCUUUUGUACUGAGGUUUUUAACACUUGGGUUUACCAAGCCUCAACUGGUCAGACCAUGAACAGUCCCCAGGCACCGUUCCUGCCAGGCCUCAGCACAGGGAGUCUCUCCACAGAGCCUUCUUGGUGUUGCCCUAACUUGCCAGUGGCCUUUGCUCAGAGCCUCCUCCUGUGCCAUGUGAACAAUGAAGGGGCCUGUGCCUCAUGCCUUGCCGCCUGCAAAGCAAAGAAACUGCCUUUUAUUUUUUAACCUUAAAAAGUAGCCAGAUAGUAACAAGACUGGCUGGCUGAUGAGCAGAGCCUCUGCUCUCACAGAGGAAGGCUUGGAUGUACAGUGAAACUGACCGGAACUAAAAGCAGUGAAGCAAGGGAGGCAAUCACACCGAAGUGGGCCUUCAUCCAGGAACGGGAUCCCACAGGGGUGUUGUUUUAAAUAACUUGAUGCUGUGUGCAUGAUGCUGGUGCUUGACCGUGAAAGGAAAGUCUCAUCCUUAAAAUGUGUGUUGUAUUUCACAAUCCUGGACUGUUGCUUCAAGUAAACAAUAUCCACAUUUUGAAA